CAAUUCAAAAAGUGCUCAAUUCUUACAAAGGAAACCUAUUUGCACACUCAAAAACACAUUCAUAGACCAUUGCAGCGCAUCUGUGGCCUACAAACCCAGCACGACGACGGUGUCCGCCACAGUAUCCGCCGCCGGACGACUCUCGAUCUGGUGCGGGUGAUUCCUUAACCGGCCGCCCAGCCAUACGGAACGUACAUAUUCGUGCUCUACCUCAUCACAGACGCCCGUCCGUCUUCACCUCACCGCAAGCCAAUCCACCCCCCACAGCCGUCGCCAUGUCAUCCUUACCCAACGGCAUCAAGGCCGUCCUCACAAAGGCGCCUUCCGACGUCGUCGUCCUCUCCUCCCUGCGCACGCCCAUUACCCGCUCCUACAAGGGCCAGCUGAAAGACGCCUACCCGGAAGAGCUCCUCUCCACCGUCCUGCGUGCCACGCUCGACACCCACGGCAAAGAUUGGAUCGAUCCCGCCGUCAUCGAGGAUGUCGCCGUGGGCGUCGUGCUCUCGGAGUUGGGCGGCUCCAAGGCCAGUCGCAUGGCCAUGAACCACGUUGGCUACCCCCACACCACCUCGCUCUACACCGUCAACCGCGCGUGUUCGUCGUCGCUGCAGGCGAUUGCCAAUGUCGCGGCGCAGAUCCGCACUGGCAUGAUCAGCGUGGGCAUCGGGGCUGGUAUGGAGAGCAUGACUAGGAACUAUGGUAGUCGCGCCAUCCCGGAGCACUACUGGCCUGCCCUCAAGGAGUCCCCCGUCAAGGACGCGAGGGACUGCGUCAUGUCCAUGGGCAUCACCUCGGAGAACGUGGCGGAGCGGUAUGGCGUGUCGCGCGGUGAUCAGGAUGCCUUUGCCGUCGAGUCGCAUCGUCGCGCCGCCAAGGCCCGCGCGGACGGUAGCUUUGCGCAGGAGAUUGUCCCCGUGACGACUCGAUUCCAGGAGAUGGACAAGCAAGGGAACAAGGUCGGCGACGAGAAGACAAUUACAGCGCAGAACGAUGACGGCAUCCGAGACUCGAUCAGCCUCGAGGCCCUCACGAAGCUGAAGCCCGCGUUCAAGCCGGACGGUGUCUCGACAGCCGGCAAUUCGAGUCAGGUAUCAGACGGCGCGGCGGCGACGCUGCUCAUGCGACGCAGCACGGCGACGGAGCUUGGAUUGAGCCAGCACAUUAUCGGCAAGUUUGUCAACGCUGUGACGGUGGGAUGUGCCCCUGACGAGAUGGGCAUUGGACCGGCUCUGGCCAUCCCCAAAUUGUUGAAACAGGUUGGUCUUGAAAAUGGCGAUGUGCAGCGCUGGGAAAUCAACGAGGCCUUUGCCAGCCAGGCCAUCCACUGCGUGAGGGAGUUGGGUCUCGAAGAGGAGUGGACAAAGGGCAGAGUGAACCCUGACGGCGGCGCGAUUGCGCUUGGCCACCCUCUGGGUGCCACGGGUGCGCGUAUGACGAGCACUCUGCUGCAUGGGUUGAAGAGGGACGGUGGUGAGGUCGGUGUCGUGAGCAUGUGCGUGGGAACUGGGAUGGGCAUGGCCGGCUUGUACGUGCGCGAGUAAGCAAAGAGGUGCGAGAAAGUCCCCAAUGUGAUAUAUACAAGAUGACUAGAAUAGUUCUGAUCUUCAUGGUCGCCUACGAAUACAUGUGUACAUACGACAGCGUGGACCCCUUUAUACUGCGCUGCUUUGUGGGAGCGCCUCGAGAGCAAAGAAAAUACCGUCAAAGUCAUCAAAUCAUUACGAUUUCAUCUCACGUCCCACCCAUUUCGAAUAUCACCCUUUGCCCUCAGACGCGGGCAGCCACCCAGGCGGCAGCGUCCGCAGCGUUCUCCUGGUAAAGCGUGUGCGCCUCGUUGGGGAUAAUGCUGCCGGC